GAGCCUCAUAGAACACCGUCGCGGCGACGUAGGUCGCGGCUUGACCCAGAGUCUCGGAGUCCUCUCGGACGGCGCGCGGCUGAUUGUGAGAGCGCCAACCGCGAGGCGAGAUCUAGAGGAGAAGAGUCUCGCUGGGAGAGAGGCGAUGCUCACACGUGCACCUCGGGGCAUUCACGAGUUGGCAGUCGGCUCUUGAAACCCGCCCGGUGAAUGCCUCUCGAGGCUCUCGCACACGCGUUUUUACCGACCUUUCGAUGCACCCGAGGGGCUAGCUCGUGUGCACGCAGCAAUUUCGCGCUCGGGGCCCGUGAUCGCCAGGGAAAUUCGCUUCGUCGCGGCCCCGCCGCCCUCCGUCACGCGACGUUCCGCCGUUUUGUUUCGCGAAAACCGCGCAUCGCGCAUCGCGCGCCAACCGCCGAGCGCCGAGCGCCGAGCGCCGAGCGCCGAGCGUUCACGCGUGACAGGACUUCGAAGAAAGUGAAAUGUGACUGGACGCGGGGAGGCAGGAAGUUAAUUGAUCGGCCCGAAAUCGCUGUGAAAUUUCACCUCGCCUCGCCGAUCGGUGCGGUGUGCGGCGCGCGUCGACAGUGAAAACCGCGCGAGUCGAUUCUCCGCGGUGACGUUUUUCGGUAAACGUUCUCUCCUCGCCGACUUUCGCGAGUCCGUCGAUGCCUAUUAGUAAACACCGGAGUCACCGCCCAGAGGAGCCCGGCGAUCGCGACUAUUUCGAAACCCGUGAAACCUAAACGGUCCGUAAUCCCGUGCCGGGAAUAUCGUAAUUUCCUCGCUCGGAAUUAUAGAACGGCCGCGGCAAUUUAAGUGAAAAUCGCGGGGCCCGCGCGACGUGGAACAGUUCCACGGAACGGAGCAAGAAACCGACUGCCUUAAACGGAAGGAAAACAGUCCGCCGUGUAGAGCAGAGCUCGUAACGCAGCGUAAUAACGGUUUCGAGAAUUUUUCGCGUGUCAGUGGAUCACUGGGUUUUCUCGGCGCGCCGUCUGCCUCGGUUUUUUCGACCGUUCGCACGUACUUAUCCUAAUUCGCGCGUUGCUCGAGCAAACCGCUUCUACGCUCGCGCGGGGAGCCGAGUCGACUCGCGGACGCGUCCACGAGCAGUGCCUUUCGCGACGAGGAGGCGGACGCGAAGAUUCCCUCGAACGGUCGUCGCGCGAAAAACAGAAGUCGCCUGAAGUGGACUCGUCAAGCCGUUACUUCUGCGCAAAGAAAUAAUCGCGGGCGAAGAUACAACGGACGACUGGCAGGCGAGCGGCCGUUGACAGUCGGGAGACAGGAUGCGCGCAGGAGCGUUUCGCAGGCGGUCGUUCUGUUCCAUUCGAGUGCGCGAACGGUCGCAGGACGAGCGAAACGAGUGUGGGAACCGCCGACGAGUGGAACACCGGCGACAGUGACACUAAGGGCAUCAACGACGUCGCGCGGUGAAGAAAGACCCGGCGAGCGGAUAAAGAUCGCGCGAAACCCGGCACAAGGACGAGCCUGCGGAUCCUCGGAGUGAAUCCUCUAACGCGAUUUUAAUUGCGAAACCGCAUGCCGAACGAUUCCAUCGGAGAAACACCGACCGGCCGUCCGAUCGAAUGGGAACCGUGGAUUUAAUAAGCGAGCGGAGAGGAAAAGUAUAGUUGCGCGGCGGCGCGCGGACACGGCGUGUAUUAAACAUGUUAGAAGAGAAAAAUGCGGUCCGCGUCUCGGCCGGCCGUUCCAAAUAAAACGACUCCGCCGGAGAGUCGUAGAACGGCAACAGACGAUAAAACGAUCCCACGUAAAGGCCUUAAGGACAAUUUAUGAAUCUGCAUACCCCGCGAUAUCUUAAUAAAGUCGCGUCGUAAAGGCGCGCUCGGUUUUAAUCCUUUCGCCACUCGAGGAAGUGCCCGCAACCCGCUCGGCUAUUUUAUAAUAAACGCUCGUUUCGUUCGGGACGUCGUCGCCGCCGCCGCCACCGCCGCCGCCGCUGCCGCUGCCGCUGCCGCAGCCGCGCGCGGACCGUAAUUACGCAAGCUAAAGACAAUCGCGGGGAGGGCGCGAGACAAUGCCGCGGAUACCGCGGUAUCGGUGAGAGACAUCGCGCCGACGAAAAAAUCCCUCAUUGUCCGAGGAAUGUGGGCGUAUCGGCCGAGAUAUCUCGGCGAUAAUGAGGCGGGGAUUCCGCGGACGGAGAGAGACCGCGGGCAUCGAGCGCGUGAUACAAAUUACGCCCGUUUCUUUUAAUCAGCCGAGCGAAUCUUACGAGCCGAACAAGAUCGAGUAAUCCGGGAACGAUACCUCGUCGAAUUUUAACUGCGAUACAGAACCGGCCGAGGGACAGAGGUUAAUUGGCGGAGUGAUUAACGGUUCUCGCAUCUGGGAGCCGAUUUAAAGUGGUGCCUGAGAAACCUAGGCAGCUUAAUUGGAAGACGCGAUGGGGAACGCUAGAUCGCAGCCUUGCCGGCGAGGCAAACAGCUCUACCUGUUCUACCUUAUCCAUAGAACUUGGAGCAUCGUGGCGGAGCACCGGAAGGAUCAAGAUCGUUCCUACGAUACCGAUCCAGAGACAGACUUAUCGUCCAGGUGCAGCGGCUGCAAUGGUUGCGAUUACCGUCAGGACAGCCUUACCUUCGACAGCGAGUCGGACAUGGCGCCGAACGCGGAGGAGGAGUUGCUGGUAGUAAAGCCGUGGGGACUACAACCGGAAAAGGAGCGAUUAAGACCACCUACGUACAACGCGGAGGACUACGCUAUCGCGCUGAGACGAUGGGGAAGACGUCCAUUAGGAAGCGUUCAGGACUCGCACGGUACCCUGCCGUCCACGACCAGCUCGAGUUCCGGUUACGCUUCCGGAAGCGGCGAGAUGACCUUGAGACAAUUCACCUCGGUCAGCGAGCUUCUGAACAAGCUGCGAACGGACCUGAGGCUGGCGUUCCCAAGCUUCGUUCAGGAAUUCGCCUCGCCCCCCGCCGACGGGAUCACCCUGCUGCUGGAGACCCUCCGGGGUGUUCAACUCGCUCAAAGUUCUCCACCCUCUUCCGGUCACACGGGUCCGCGCGUUGGCACCAGAAGAGCAGCUCUGGACGAGCUGGGCUGCGUCGAGUGUCUGGCUGCCUGCGCCGAACGAUGCACCGACGCGGCGAGGCUCCUGGUGCAAGCCCAACCCGGUCUUCUUGCUCUGGCAGUCUGUCUGACUAGUAGCUUGAACCGGUCCCGGGUUCUAGCUCUUCAGCUACUGACGAAGGUCUGCCAGGCUCCAGGUGGCCACGCAGCCGUCUCGGAAGCGGUUUCCACUUUGAGGCUCAAGUACGGCGAGGGCGGGAGAUUCCGAUUCCUCGCCGGUGCGCUCCUGGCUCCCAGAGCAGCGAUUGCGCUGAGAGUCGCAGGGGUUUCGUUUUUGAACGCUUUCCUGAAAUCCGCACCACGGACGCAGACCAGGUUAUAUAUUCAGGCUGAAGCCUGCGAAGCUGGACUAGAGCCGCAGGUCCUUCAAGAAUGGCUGAAAGAAUUGGACGGCAGGGAGGAGGACGCGCUGAACGAGCUUCUACACAAGGAGGUUCAGAAAUGGACGCACAACUGCGUCGACGUAGACGCCCUGCAGAGACGAGUGGUACGUGCCGAGGAAACCUGUAGAAUUCUCAGCAAAAAGGUUUCGGCUCUCCAGGCCGAGCUGCAGCAGCUCCAAGUCGAGAAACUGAACAAUUACAACUUAGAGGAUCGCGAGAAGGUGACGGUGCUCGGCGCUAAACAGUCGCCGAAAGUCUCGUCGAACGCGGAAGACGAGGGCAUCAGCUCGUCGGAAAGGUCGAGCAGUCCGGAGAACACGAAGCAUCAGUCGCGGGCCAACCAUCAGAAGCACAGCUCGUCGCCGGACAACGACCAGGAGACCACCAUAGACGACGUCAUCGAGGAGCUCCGGAUCAUCGUCAAGGACGCGGAGGAAGAGUUCGGCGAUCAGAGCCACGAAGAGAAGCGGAUGGAUCAGGAUUCUUCCAAGGACAAGGUCUUCAAGAGUUCGGAGUCUUACUUGCUCGACAGAGUGUUGAAGAGGGACCAACAGUCCGAGUCGAAGAUUCCAAAGUCGAACGCGGCCUCCACCGUCUCCCAAAGCGUGAUAAAGGGUGAACAGGUGACUUACUUCGGCAACGAUCGAGACUACAGCACAGACUCCGGCAGCGCUAGGCGUCUGAACGCCGACACGCGUAGAAUCUCGAAAUCUUCGGUGGAGGGCAGCGUGAAGAUCGUGAUAAAGGGACCCGACAUCGAGGACGCCAUCGUUCCGACCAUACUGCAUCCUCAACCGCCGAGGAGGUCGCCUCCUUGUUUGUCCACUAUCAUGGCGGUGAGGCACUGCGACUUCCCGGAUCACGAGGAGACCUAUAAUUCCCACGACGAGGAGAUUGAAGAGGAAACUCUGGGCGACGGUAGCGACUCGCUUCUCAGCGCUUCCCGGUUGAAGUACAACGGCAAGAACCAGACGUACGAGGAGCAGAUGAGGAGCACCGACGUCGAUCACUUCCAGAAGCAAUCGAGGAACGAACUGGACGACGACAACGAUAGCAAACUGAAGAAGAGCUUCGAGGAUCUUCGGCACUUCGGCGAAAGCGACGCCAAGGACAAAAAGACGAUUAGGAAUUACGAAAGCUCGAGCAGGCUGAAGAGCACCGGGACCAACGACUCGAAAUCGAGCGGCAGGCAAGAGGGUGGCUUCGUGCAGAGGCAUAACUCGAAAUACAGAAGCGAAGUGGAAAAGAGGAAGCUACUUCGCAGAUCGACCAGCCACGAUUACCUGGAAUCGAACGCUUCGAGCCCGCGGUCAAGGAGAUCCGGGCGAAGCAGAGUGGAGAGCCACAUCAGGAAGUUCGAGAGUCUGAACUCGUUCGACGAGCAUCGAAGUCUCCAGAGUUAUGGAAGACCGGGCAGCUCCGAGAACCUGAGCAAGCCGGAGCAUCAAUUCUUCGAAGAGAAUUCGAGAAAUAGAAUGCGCAGGUCCGAGUCUUUCCACCACGUCUCUCACGUCGCGAGGAAGGAACAAUGCUCCUCGCGAGGAGGAAGCGACAGCGGAUUGUUCUACGUCACGGAUUUCAACCUGGAACCGUUGCUGACUCGAACACCGGGCUCCAUCGAAGCGCCAAAGUCUCCCAGUUUGUUGACCAAGUCUCUGGACAGAAUCGACGAGGGUCUCGACUCGAUGGUCGACAUAGUUAUCACGGAGGAGAAGAGUCAAUGGGACUCGGGCAAGCAUCAGUCGAAGCCGAAGAAGUCUCGGGAGGACAGGCAUCUGAUCAGGUCGAAGUCGAGUAGGCUGGAGGACUCGAGAACCUGUUACGACCUGGAAACGAAGGGGAAGAAAGAGGAUUCGCGAAGCAAACACCUGAAAAACGAUGAAUUUUAUUCCGCGAACGUGAACAACAAGCAGCUACGAAACGACGAGCUGUACGAGGAGCAGAGAAAUCAUGAAUGGAAUUGUCAGAACGAAUUGAAUUCCGCUAAGAGGAACAGUGAAUCGGAGUUUGAUUGUACUCCCAUGAUACUGACGAAGAAUGGGGUGAGACACAACUCGUUCAGCCAACACGAAAACAUCGGCACCGGCUUCUCUAAUAGGCCGAAAGAUUCCGGAAUAUUCGCCGGGCGAACUUACGAUACGUUUGGUCUCGGAAAGAAUCGUUUCAACGCUGGGAAAUAUUCGGGAAACCAACAAAUCAAGGAGAGCCCGGUUGGAAGGAGGAACACGACAUCCUCCGCGGCCGGAAAUCGUGGGAAAGUUACGGACGUUGUGUCGGGACUGUACUGAAAUUAGUUUUGUAAUAAGUACCUAUGUAGAUUUCGAAUGCUCCCGUCUCGAAACAACACUUCCGAGAAUCAAAUAUAUUUUUGUAUGCGUUUUCGAUACAAAAAACAGUCUUUUUACGAACGACAUUCGUUCACCUCUUUAGAUAUUCGGUGCGUUUCAUCUUAUCGAGUUUUGAGAAAAAAAGAAAAAUUAAUAUUGAAAUUGACGUACGCGUAUCGCUAAGUUUGCUCCACUUAUCGCAAUUACUCUACUCGAGCGCGAUACUUGUAUAAACAAAAUUUAAGAGUCUAAUAUAUAUAUUGGAGUUAAUAUUUCUGGUAAUGCGAUAAACAUGUAAUCGUUUCCAUUACGGAGAUAGUUGUUCGAUGAUUCGGAGUGUUAUACGUUUUCGACGAAUUGUGCAAUAUUACUUUCCAUCACGUGUAAUUACAUCUUUAUAAUUAUGUCGCGUUCAAAUGAAGACUGUAUAAACAUUCAAGUAAACCUGUACAAAGCAUAGAUCAGGAAGCAGCAAUAAUUAUAAAAUAAGCGUACGAAUUAUCAUCGUUGUAACGUUAAAAGAAUAUAGUUCAUGGCCUUACUCAUGCCAUUAUUCUACGUGAAAGUUCUCCAUUAACUUAUUACUUUUAAUAUACAUUCAAAACGGACCUGUAAUUAUGUUUACGAUUUAAUAAACUUGUUACCCCUAUCUGUAAUAAACGUAUCAUUCGUAUACAUUUACACAAAUGGAAAUUACAUCUAAAUAUUUAUUUCCGAUUGACACAACAAACAUAGAAAACAAGAGAUACAAGAAUAUGUCUUUUACGUACGCAAAGGUUUUACACAUAAUUGCAUAUGUAUAUGUAUAUAUAUGUAUGUAUAUAUAUAUAUAUAUAUAUAUACAAUUUUUAUCAAUAUUAUAAAAUCUGUCAUAUAAUCCAUUUUCUUAACUGCAUUAUAUUAUCGAUGACUUAUCUAGUAACUUGCAUGUAAUAAAUAUAUUUGUCAUUUCGUAAUAACGAAUAUUAAAUUACUUAAUACUGAGAAACGUUCGAUAAAAUUCUGUAAAGAUAAAUUUCUUCACAUGAAAUGCACAAGUAAAAUUUUCAGUCCAUGGGAAAAAAUCAAAAUGAAAUUUUUGAAAUAUAACAACGCUACUGUCUUUUAACUAGCUGUAGCAUGCAACAAGGUCGUCGUGACUUCGCUAAGUUCUUGACACGAACGUCCAUUCCGAUGGAUAACUUCACGAUUGCCCAGCAUUAAAGGUUCGUGCGAUUUGUCGCGUGCUAUUUCUAACAGCUGUUGCGAUGCUUUCUCUGAAACACGAACAAAAAUGGAUAUUUGACAGUGUAACAGGAUAUUUAAUUAUGUAAGUACACAUGUA